AUGGCACCCUCUGCUGUACACGUGGACGCUCCUCGAGACAUUGGUAUCGUACAGAAGACCCUGUUCGGAAGAGAGCCUCUCAAGGCGUCCAAGUCUCUCGACCAGUUCACAUCCAUCGACAUCACCCCAGUCAUAGGCACCGAGUUCCCUGAGGCCGACCUCGUGGAAUGGAUCAACUCCCCAAAUGCUGAUGAGCUUCUCAGGGACCUCGCGAUCAAGAUCUCCGAGCGGGGGGUGGUCUUCUUCAGAAAGCAGAACAAUCUCACCAACGAUAUCCAGAAACAGCUGAUCCAAAGACUUGGGGAGUUGACCGGAAAGCCGGAGACCUCCAAGCUUCAUAUUCAUCCGAUCCUGAACUCGGAGAGGGAGCUGGGCGGUAGUGACCCGGAAAUCAGCACCAUCAGUUCCGUCCAGCACGACAAACUCUACAAGAAGACGCCCUAUGACCAAAGCCAGCGAAUUCAGAGCAGCGCACAGUGGCAUGCAGACAUCUCAUUUGAGCCUGUCCCCGCCGACUAUACCUCCCUUCGUCUGACCGAGUUGCCACGCACCGGUGGAGAUACCCUAUGGGCCUCCGGGUACGAACUGUAUGAUCGGAUCAGCGAGCCCUACCAAAAGUUCCUCGAGUCCCUGACCGCCACGUUCGCGCAGCCAGCGUUCAACCACGUCGCCGAGAAGGGUGGUUUCGAGCUGUACACCAAAGAGAGAGGAGCACCGGAGAACGUCGGAUCCGAGUUGAAGGCGAUUCAUCCCGUGGUUCGGACAAACCCGGUGACGGGUUGGAAGAGCAUCUUCCCCGUUGGUGGCCACGUGCGCCAUAUCAAUGGACUGACCGAGGACGAGAGCAAGAAGCUGCUCGACUGGUUCUUGGAACUGGUGCACAAGAAUCACGACCUCCAGGUGCGGUUCAAGUGGCAGAAUGAAAAUGACAUUGCGAUUUGGGACAACCGCAGCGUCUUUCAUACGGCCACGUACGACUAUCAAGGCGAGGGAGCUCGCUUCGGAAACAGGGCAGUAGGUUUAGGCGAGAAGCCAUACUUUGACCCCAACAGCAAAUCCCGGCGGGAGGCGUUGGGAAAGCUCGUGAACUAG